AUGGUCACCAAUUUGUUGAAGGAUCCAGCUGAAACUAGCGCGAGCCUCAAUUCAAGCACAUCGCAACGACUUUUCGAACCCUGUGACUCAAGUGAUAGCGGCAGCGAAUCAUUAGGAGGCACUGUGUACUCAAAAGACACGUCCAGGACACCUCCGAAAAUGACCGUAUCCGGUUCGAUUGCCGAUAGUAAGCUCGACUACGAAACAUGGCCAGAAUUGUCCGUUGUGUUCCCUGACAUCGAAGAUGCGAUCAACGGCAAUAAAGAGGUCAUGAUUGAUCUUCUGUGA